AUGGAAUUCCAAGUUGCAUCGUUCGACCAUCCAUUGUUGUUUCAACGGAAAAAGAAACCAAUUGUUGGUUGGAUAAACAAUUUGUAUGGAUUUACAGGUGUUAUUUUUGGUAGCUUGACAGGUAUGUUACGAACAGUGUAUUGUGAUAAAAACUUAAUCUGCGACAUAAUUCCUGCCAAUUAUGUUGUCAACAACAUUAUUGCUGCAGCAUGGGACGUUGCACAAAAACGCAAAAAUAACAAAUACUUACAUGUUGACGAAGAGAUUCAAAUUUAUAAUGCUGUCUUCUCCUCUGUUCAAAGUCCAGUUACUUGGGGUGCUAUGGAGAAUUAUCUACAACCUGAGGGAUUUGAAAUCCCGUCGAAAAAAAUGUUCUGGCUUCCAGAGAAAUCAGAAAAUCUCUUAACAUACGAGGGCGGAUUGAUAUUGAAGCUACCUAGCGCUAGAUAG